UACUUUCAGUAACGAAAAUGUUCGAAAACAUGCGUAAACGUUUCGCUCUCUAGAACGACAUGGAUAGAUACGAACUGUUUUGCAAAUCGCGAACGUAGGAAUUAAAAAGUUUGCUUACAAAACCAAAAUAGCGGACGGCUAUUUUGUUGCAGAAUGAAAUUACUAUAUAUGUGAUUUUAAACUGCAACAGCAUUGAUCUACAUUGUUGUCAUCGAUAACUACACCAAAAUAUGCUUUAAAAUGAAAAAGUAUACGUUAUUUCAAAAUUUAUAAACACAAUCAAAUUUGAACCGAUGGGGACCGCCUCUUUAAACGUUCACGGCGAUCUGUAUGGUUCGAAAAGCUCUGAAUGUGAAACAAACGGUUAUUGGCGAAUGUUCGGACUUUGACAUGAUGCGACUUUCAGUGUGAUUUGCGUCCGUCCCUUUGGUAGGUACUAGUGAAACAAUAUGCCAGUUGCGCAGUUAUAAAACCGUUGAAACACAGUGCAGUAAGCGAGUUGGUUUUGAUUGUGUUAAAUAUAGGAAUAGUUCCAAUGCAGCCUAUGGAUUGAUAGUUACAGGAGAUGAUGCCAAUGAUUCACCAUUAGAGGACAUGAUGUAACGGUGGCCCAGAACUCUGCUCAACAUCGUACAUGUAGUAGUACCUACAUUCUGACAUGCUCACAAACAACAAAACAUACCAAGUUGCACGAGCUGCACAGAGAGUACGUUUGGCUGCAAGUGGUGCCAUGUUGCGGGGACUGCGUGUCAGUGAUGCAGCACCAGCCUGCCCGGAUCAGACUACAGCUGCAGUUCAAUCCCCUGUCAAGUGUUCUCAAUUUGAGACUACCUCCUAUGACAUUGACGUGGUUGUACAUUCCGGCCAGAAUAAGAGCAUCUGUGUACGUGUGGUGGGCAUUCAGCCAGACCAGAUGGACAAUGUCCUCUGCCUGUUCACGUACAGCUGGGAAGUGAAGUACUCCACAUGGAAAAUCCCGUCCUCCAACCUAGAGUGUGAGGCUCUCCAGUUUGAGUUCUCUGACGUCACGUUGCCCAUAGUAACCGCUCAGUUCACCAUGACGAGUGGGAAGAACAGCGUUCCAUUGGAUAAUCCACAAAAUAUCAAAGUCCGCAUCUACAAGUGUGGUACCAUGGUAACCAACUGCGGUCAGUGCCUUAGUAUGGACCCGGAAUACGAGUGUGGCUGGUGUGUGGGUGCAUGCCCCAUAUGCUCCCUGCAGACUCUCUGCCCUGCGUCUGACUGGCUCGACCGCUCAGCUGUCUGUCCCAAACCUCAGAUACUCGGGAGUCAUUGAGUGGCUGGAUGUUUCCUUUGAGGACGAGGUAGUAACAACGGCACAACAUGAUCCGAAGCGCACAGUCGACAUGGUAAUGCACAUUAUUAUGAUAUAAUUAAAUUCACGACAA